AUGUCUGCCUCCGCACCAACAAGCGAGCCAAGACCCAUUGUAUUCUCCGGGCCCUCGGGCGCUGGCAAAAGUACCCUUAUAAAGCGACUCUUUGCGACACAUCCCGAUCUGUUCGGAUUCAGCGUCUCCCACACCACUCGAAAGCCCCGACCUGGCGAGGAAGAUGGCGUCCACUACCACUUCACAACCCCCGAAAAGUUCGAGUCGAUGAUCGCAGACAACGCUUUCGAAGAACAUGCCAAAUUUGGCGGGAACUACUAUGGCUCCUCGAAGAAGGCCGUCCAAGACGUGACCGAGGGAAAAGGCAAGAGCAUUGAUGGGAGCACAGCCUCUGGCAAGAGGAUAUGCAUAUUUGACAUUGAAAUGGAGGGCGUCAAGCAGCUGAAGAAGAGCCAGUUGAACCCAAGGAUAUGCUUCAUUCAGCCGCCUAGUAUUGAGGUUCUGGAACAGAGACUACGUGGUCGUGGCGACACAAGCGAAGAAGCGAUUCAGAAGCGUCUGGCUCAAGCCAAAAAUGAAAUGGAGUAUUGUAAGACCGAGGGCAAGAACGACAAGGUCAUCAUCAACGAUGAUCUCGAUGCCACGUUCAAGGAACUUGACGACUGGGUGAUGAAGGAACUGGGUACAGAAUCCUCAACUUGA